AUGCAAGUAUGUCGAGAGUCUCGUCAGAAUGCUCCCUAUCAGAAAGCCUUCCUCACCAUCAUACCUAACGAGUCUGAUAUCCGAUAUGCUUGGGUCAAUUUCCACGAGGACAUGAUUUGCCUAGCAGACUGGAAGGUGGAACUGCUGGCAUGCCACGAGAGAGACAUCCAACGACUGAGAUUUACAGUUCCGGAAGGCAAUAUUGGUGAAUUAUUCUAUGAAUACUUUUUCCACAAUAGCCAUGAGUUGCUAAAGGAGUUUACGGCUCUAAGAGAGCUGCACAUUGCUAUAAAGCAGCCUUGCCUAAUAUGGGGAUCAACUGUUGAUGGCCCUGGAUACGGAGCGUGCUUUGCUGAAAAUGUUAGGUUUCUGGACCUUACGACGGGGCUUCUAUUAACUGGUCACGAAAUGGAGUUGGCAUAUCGCUGGGCUGUGCAGCACGGAGGAAUGGCGCCUGACAUGGAUGGCUAUGAUGAUGAGUUACAUUUUACGCUGGAUAAUGAGAGCGUAUGGGAGGUUGGGGAGAUCGAUUAG